GGUAUUUGUUGUAACGACAUCUACUUAAUAAUAUGUUGACUUCCUUCUAUCUCUUACAUAUAUAGACACACACACCAAUAUCUUUCGUUGUACUGAGACAAUAUGCUGAAGUUCAACUUAAAGCUUCAACAUCCCAUUAAUCCAUGGCUCUAUAUUUUCCUAACUUCAGUUCUGUUCGAGCUUGUAUGCUGCGAAGUCGGCACAGCUAGCAUGUACAAUCCACCAUACACACCCUCGGCCUGUUAUGGAAACGAUGCUUCUCAAUUUCCGUCCAGUAACUUGUUUGCAGCCGCCGGAGAGGGAAUAUGGGAUAAUGGUGCUGCAUGUGGGCGGCAGUAUCUGGUAAGGUGUAUAAGUGCCACCAUACCGCGAACAUGCAUUCCUGGUCAAACAAUUCAAGUCAGGAUCAUCGAUCGAGCACAAACUUCGGUUUCUCGGUCUACAAGGGCCGGCACAACCAUGGUUCUUUCAGAUACUGCUUUUGGUACAAUCGCAAAUCAAAUACAGUUCAUCAACAUUGAAUUUCAACAGGUAUGAAUAUUGGGACUAUGCCAUUGGUCGUCGGCCGCAAUGCAAUAUUUAUCCAUAUUUAAUGAGCAACAUGACCUUUUCUUAUACGUACGCAUCCAUUUUUGUAUUCUAGAACCAUUAUUAGGAGAGAAAAGUCAAAUACUAUUGACAAAUAUUAGUUGACCUUUUAUAUAUAACAGUUGUUUGACUUUUUCCAUCCACUUCCGCAUACAGAUAUAAACAUUUGAUUAUAAAAUAGAUUAAAAGUAAAAGUGUAAAACAUUAAAAACAAUAUCAUUUGUCCUUCCUAGACUAGUCAUUAAUCUUAUAUUACAAUAAACCUUUUGAUUUUUUCAUUUAUGCUUAUAAUUAUAUAAUUAUAAAUAAAUAAUCAGGAUGGCCUUUGAACAUAUAUCAGAUAU